AGCAUCAUGGCGUUGGCGUCGUGUACAACAACAAUGGGCCAUUUUAGCAGACAUUGCCCAAGUAAAAAAUGGCUUUAUUGCCCAAGUAAAAAACACGACAACUAGCAGAAUGUCCCCAGUACCAAAGGUUGCUAGGUUCCCAGCCUUCCUGGCGAGCUUGUUCCUGGUCUCCGUCCAAGGCUUGGCGCCGUCCAGUGCCGUUUUGGGUGGCAUCCACAACCGUAAAUGGAUCAUACGUGGAGGGUCGCACGAAACAGGAGAUGUAUGCAUACCACGUGGGCGCAAUGCCCUUACCAACACCAGCAAUUGGCAACCGGUACACGGGAGUGCUGAUUGGGUGGUCAGUAAUGUUAAGGAAAAACUUGUUUCGGAAUAAGAACCGUCUAAUCCUCUAAUCCCUAUGACGUGCAAGUAAGUCCGUCUCCUUGGCCAUCAACUACUAAAAGUAUAAGUAAGUGCUUCUGCUUGGCCAUCAACUACUACAAAUCACCAAGAGAAUUAGCUGCUUGAUUCAAGGAAGAUUUCCGCAACAGCGACCCCGUUUUCGUCUAAAAUCAAGCGCAAUCCGUUGAUAGCACAAUUCGCAUGGCCUAUCUGCUGCCUAGAUAUGCAAACACUAGUCCGCUUCUACACACGUGCGCACAUUCGGGAUGCUUGCGCUGACAUGCCUACGUUUUGCUGUGAUCGCCAUCGCUGGCGUGAGGAGCUGGUGCAAAGCGCUUUAACCUGUGAAAACCCUCUAUUGAUCAAUUAUGAGAGCAGGCCAGGGCUAGCGUGGGAUGUUCUUUUUGAACCCUUUUUUCUGUUUGAAGCCUCUAACUACUGGACAAGGAUUUUUGGCUUCUUUGGAAGACGCAGGUGAUCUUUGCUACACCAACAUCGCAAUCCGUGGGAUCGAAGGUGUUUCUGCACCACGAACGCCAGAAAUGCAUGAUGGGGGAGCUGAUAGCAGCAAUGACAACGUGCUCGGUUUUACAUUAAGGCUAUCUUGGGUGUAGGAAUCAAUCGGCGUCGUAGCUCUUGUCUUAGAAGGUACUACUUCAGCUACACAAUGCUAUACAAGAGGCGAUCAAUGGGAUGACAUGAAUAGAUAUCUCACUGUGAUUUUCCUCUCACAGUGGGUGUGUAGAUUCCUGUCAAGGGUGUGGUGUACAACUGACAACGACUCCUGCCACCAAGGUUAUUACGGCUUCUUUCAGGAACAGACUUUAUCGACACAGCUACAACAUCUAUCUAAUUCCCAAUGGCCGUGGGCAACUACAAAUUCAAAGCACCUUUGCCCUACCUCGACAAGUACUACGAGGAUAUGCGGUUUUACAUCGGUUCGAGCCAAGUUCUCUUCGCAGCGAUUUGGCGGAGUAGAUUAAGACUUCCGAAAAUCCCCCAUUUUGAGAAGCAUCUUGGACCUCUGUGCAAGGAGGAAGCGGGUCUACGAUACUUAACUCUGCGGAUGGAUUUCCGGAAGGUCUAAGUAGAAGUCUGACCCUCUAUGACUUGAUCCUCGGCGGACAGUGGCAAUUGUUCUCGAUCCUAGACGCCAUGGCCAACACGUGGAACGAUGCUAUCUUCAACGUAGGCGAGCCUACAGGAUAUGGUUGGGGACCAUAUGGCAGCCUAAGGCCAAGUGAGAUCAAGGCGAUCGAAAUGAGGGAGGCGAAGCGGUUGGGAGAAGGACGCGACGAUAGUGCUGCCAGUCUGAAUUUUAAGGCUCCUUCUACUAAUAGAUCAAUCUCUAUGUUGUUGUGGAUGAUCCCUUUAUCUUUAUCUGAGCAUAUUUUUUAAUUUGAUUCAAGUGGAAAACUAGGAUAAUCAACAUACUCUGUCUACAACAGGGAUGGACAUGGACUACGAGGACUUCUACAUCUACCGCCAGCUCUAAGAAUGUGAAACACGUCGAGCCCUCUUCUUCAGCAAACGGGGACGCGUUGAUGCCGAAGGAGAAUGACGCAGCGUUGAAACGGAAACUGGACCAGAAAAUCAUAGAAGUGGAUUUGCAGCAGGAAGGUAGUGGUACUACAACAGUGGACCUGCUAAGUACCGCAGAGCAAGAUGCCGAAGCUAAAAGACUGAGCGACAUCACUCGAGUCGCGACCUAUUCACAGCAGGCGUGCAAAAAAUGCCGCAUUUCGCAGUGGGCUACGCCAGAGCAGAAACGGAGGGACAAAGAAAUGGGCUUGCACAUUUUGAGGAUGCUAAAGCUCAAUCGACGCAUCUCCUUCGACGUCCUAUUAAAAUACGGAGAUCGAGGAGAGACCUGUGAGAUGGGGUCGAAUACUACGACGACUUGGGUCUGGAAAGAAUGGACGCCGAAUCAAGCGGAAAUUCUUGGGGACGAGCAACAAAGUCAGUUCUUAAGCUUAAGGUUUCCGCUAAUCCAUUUUCGGAAGCAUCAUCUUCCUCCUGAGAAGGCCCCUCAGUGGUAAGUACAAGGGAAGAAGCCAGAAAGCUUCUCGAGAUGACUUAGGGUGAGCUCUAAGUCCGGAAGCAGCAGAACUAGCAUCUUCGAAAUUUCGAAUAGUUGGUGGAAAAAAACAGUUCGUCAAAGUCUAUAUGCCAGCAUCGCAACCAGACAAAAUCACAUGCUUACUUAUGAAGAUCAUGAUUCUAGAAUGCACAGAAAGUAGAGGGAGAGGCACACAUCAUGACUCAUAUGCUCUGCUAGGACAGAGCAGUAACUGCCAAAAUAGUAGCUAGCCUCUUCCUCUCCAUCAUAUUUCUCUAACCUAAGUCUCGCAACUUUACGCCUUGCUCUCGCCUACAGCCUUAUCGCUCACGACGUGCCUGCUGUGCUACCUGUCAAGCCCGAUCUGGGACAUCAGAUGCAAAACGAUGCGAGAACGUAUAUUCAGGUGGCUAGUACAUACCUAGAAUUGGCAAUGCAAGCAAGCGCAAACCCAAUGCAGGAACUACUACUCUUUGGGAAUGUCCACGAGGAUAAACCGUUUCCCACGUUUCCGGUAUUGGGGUUGUUGACCGCGCUUUCGAUCGCAGCAAACAGUUUAUACUUGGCAAGGGGGAUGGGAUCCCUGUGGACGAUACCGUUUUUUAUGAUGGAGCAAGGAAGGGGUCUUUUUCUCUCUGUGCAUCUUCCUUCUGUGAAAGGGAAAUAAGCGGCGCAUCAAGGGAAAGUCUCGGAUGACAACAAGAAAGCAUCACCACUUCCAAUUCCAUGGUGUCAACAUGUGUCAUGGAGCCUCUUUUUCCGUUAAUAUGCAAACGAUCUUGGAGCCUUUCAACUAUCCUCUUUCUAACUUUCACGACAGUAUCGCAAACAACGUCCGCGUUGGCGGUGGGCAACGACCUUUUUGCACAGAUGGGCUGUUUCUCUCCUUCGUCGAUCACAUGCCGUUUGACCUCGAGAGCAGGGAUGAUGCUGAUGUUCAAAACUCUCUUCAAGCUCAGGGUCAGGGUGGCGAAAGCUCCUCAACUUCAAGUACUAUUUCCAUCAAAGGAGAUAAUGGCGAGGACAUAAAUGACAACAGUUCCUCUUCCCCUGCCGCACUCUUCGUCGAAGUUGGAUCACAUCAAGGCGACUGUCUUUUGCACGCUUUGCGCAAAUUCUCCCAUGUACAUGCAGUAGCUUUCGAGCCGAAUCAGUUGGCAGUGGAUGCCUUCGAGAGGACCGUGAGGGCCAACAAAUGGGAGUCGCGCGUUAGAAUUGUGAAGGGGAUCAUCGUGAAGGAGAAAGAAAGGGCGUUUACUACUACUUCUAGUGAUACAACUAGUGAAGAAGAUGAUGAUGAGCAGAAGACUGAUGUGACGAACUCAUCAACAUCUUCAUUUGAUUUACCACCUACAACGACGUCUACGGCUCAGACCCUGGACACGAAAGGCGGCACUAUACAGAAAGCAGAGGUGGACGUUGCAGUAGGUAACGCCAUCAAAAACCGAAAUACAAACAAGCACAACUUGCACACGGUUUUUCUGAAUCCGCAUGCCUCGGCGCAGAGCUUCGUCACACAAGACUCCUUUUUCGGGACGAAGAAUUAUGCGAGCAGAAGGAAUAGACUCUGUAGCAAAACCAGGUAGAAGGAGCGAAGUGUGAGCUAGAAGUUUUUCUGGCAGAGUAAGCUUAGACUCAGCGGUAAAGGUAAUUGGAGCAUUCUUGACCACAGUCAGUACAUCAAGCGGCGAUUAAAAUAAAAUUCGAACAAUGAUAAAUUUGAUGUAUCCUCUCGCCCACCAACUACUCCCGCUCACACCUCCUUCAUUCCCCGAAAAGCAAGAUCGCAGACGCUAGCAUGUGCCUUCUGAAUCCUGAAUUUGAGCAAUGCCAGGAAUAUGAUUUAGUACCAGCUACCACAUUGGACGAGCAUUUUCGACAUCCGAUGGCAUCGAAUUUCUUUCUACAACAGCAAGAAAUCCUUUACCUGAAAGUCCAUUGUCAAGGAUGUGAACUAGCAGCAAUGGUUUCUGCCAAAACCCUGUUUCGACAAGAAAGGAUCUGUGUGGCGACAGCGAAAAUUGAGACAAUUUUCGAAGGACUCAUUGACGCGAUGAAGACGGGCAGUACAGAGGUGACGACCACAACGAGGCCACCAACAAGGCUAGUAGCGAGCUUGCGGGAUGAAGGAAAGAAGGAACAGGCGAAAGUUGUUGUAGAGACAGCAUCAGUACAACAAGAUGAAACUACUUCUUCUACUUCUACGGCUCCUGAAGAUUCUCUGCCAGCACCAGAAGCAGACCCAUCAUCCUCAUCUCCUUCUAGUCCCGACAAGCAGACUAAGCGUGGUCGCACAGCGACGUGGCUCAUGUCAGCUGACGCCUCCACAACAGACCCAGACCCCGUAGCUCUAGCUGCAGCAGAAGCCCUGUGGUCUCUCAAGUACAGGAUAUCGAUCGUCUUCGCACCGCAAGGCGAUGUCUUUCAGUCCAUGUAUCGCAAGAUGGACUCUGAAAUCGACGAAAAAAAAGGCAGGAUCACUUUCGGAUGCAAAGAUAGAAAGCAUCGCGUAGCAGAUGAUCCACCUUCUAGUACGUCAGGUGAACAAAGUGCAAGCAGCACAGCGAGCAGGAGAAGUUCAAAGAACCACGCGCAGGGCAUGUUGACCGAGUGCUCAGAAGACUCAGAAAAGCGGCGUUUAGCGUGGCAAUUGCAGAAGAGGUCGAUCAAUUUUGCUGGUGACAUACAAUUGGAGGGAGAAAGUAUACUAUUGCUCUCGAAGCAAAAACCAGAUUCCAAAAAAUGUCGCAAAGUUCAUGACUUCUUUCUCUAGAAGCAGGGGGGCCUACAAUUAUGAAAAUGAAUCGUCAAUGUUGUUGUUAUGAUCGAUGUGCUUUUUUGUACUAUGCUUAGAAAGAUUUGAU